GAGAGAAAAAGAGAGAGAAAGACAGAGGGAUUACCGGGAAAGAGAGAGAGAAAAAAAGAGAGAGAGAGAGAGAGAGAGAGAGAGAGAGAGAGAGAAGCGUUUUGCUUGGAAAAGGAGAGAUGCGCGCUCUGAUGCCUAAAAACAUCUUGGCGCGUGCAUGAGUGUGAGUGCGUGUGUGAGAGAGUGAGGGGUGUGUGUGUGAGAGAGAGAGAGAGAGAGAGAGAGUGAGGCGUGUGUGUGAGAGAGAGUGAGGUGCGUGUGCGUGUGCGCGCGCGUGUGAGCGCUCUCUCUCUCUGUGAGGCAGCAUGGUGUUUGUCUCGCGCCCUCUCUGAAGGAAAACACGCACUCCCUCUCUCUCUCUCACGCGCACGCACUCAUCCUCGUUACCGUGGAGGAGGAGGAGGCAGCAGAAGAGGAUGACUGUUCCCUCGCGCUCUUUACUUGGAUAACACACAGACAGACUGACUCGCGCGCCUUUCUGCUGCUGCUGCCGCUCCGAAGUGCUUCGACGAAGAUGUUCGUGCCCGCGCUCUCCUUCGUGCUUUUGGCGCUGGUGCGCGGCGCGUCCUCGCAGCUCCGUUACUCGGUGGCCGAGGAGUCCGAACUGGGCACUUUCGUGGGUAACAUCGCGGAGGAUCUGGGGCUGGACGCCACGAAACUCUCCGCGCGGCGCUUCCAGACGGUGCCGAGCUCGCGUACGCCGUACCUGGACGUGAACCUGGAGACCGGCGCGCUGUACGUGAGCGAAAAGAUCGACCGGGAGCGCGUGUGCGGCGGGAGCCCUCCGCCGUGCCUGCUGCACCUGGAAGUUUUCCUGGAGGACCCUCUGGAGCUGUUCCGCGUGGAGACGGAGGUGCUGGACAUCAAUGACAACCCGCCCACUUUCCCGGAGCCGGACGUGACCGUGGAGAUCUCGGAGAGCGCGAGCGCGGGCACGCGCUUCCCUCUCGAGGCCGCCAUGGACCCAGACGUGGGCAGCAACGGGCUGCGCGCGUACGAGAUGACGCCGAACGCGCACUUCCACCUGGACGUGCAGACGCAGGGCGACGGCAGCCGCUACGCGGAGCUCGUGCUCGACGCGCCGCUGGACCGCGAGCGGCAGGCCGUGCACCGGUACGUGCUGACGGCGGUGGACGGCGGGCAGCCCGCGCGCACGGGCACAGCGCUUUUGGUGGUGCGCGUGCUCGACUCUAACGACAACGCGCCCGUGUUCGACCAGCCCGUGUACGCGGUGACCCUGCGCGAGAACGCGCCGGUGGGCACGCUCGUCAUCCAGCUGAACGCCACGGACUCGGACGAGGGCGCGAACGGAGAGGUGGUGUACGCGCUCGGCGGAGGGAGCCACGCGGCCGCCAGCCGUGCGCGCGAGCUCUUCGACGUGGACGCGCGCACGGGGCGCGUGGAGGUGCGCGGCGACGUGGACUACGAGGAGAGCGCGCUACAUCAGAUUUACGUGCAGGCGCGCGACCUGGGGCCAAACGCCGUGCCGGCGCACUGCAAGGUGCUCGUGCACGUCACCGACGUAAACGACAACGCGCCAGAGAUCACCUUCAGCACCGUGAGCGAGUCGGUGAGCGAGAGCGCGCAGCCGGGCACUGUGAUCGCGCUGCUUAGCGUGUCAGACAGAGACGCGGACGAGAACGGGCGCACGCGCGCCGAGAUAGUCGGCGAGGAAGCCCCCUUCAAGCUCAAGCCCUCCUUCCGCAACUACUACACGGUGGUGACGGACGGCCCGCUGGAUCGCGAGACCGCGGACGCCUACACCGUCACGGUGGUGGCGCGCGACGGGGGCACGCCUCCACUGGCUACCAGCAAGUCCAUCCGCGUGCGCGUGGCCGACGAGAACGACAACGCACCCCAGUUCACGCAGCCCUCCUAUGAUGUACACGUGGCCGAGAACAACGUGCCGGGCGCGUACAUCUACGCCGUGACCGCGCUCGACGCGGACGAAGGCAGCAACGCGCGCGUCACCUACUCCAUCGCCGAGCGCGACAUCCAAGGCAUGUCCGUGGUGACGUACGUCUCCGUGAACGCGGAGAAUGGCUACCUGUACGCGCUGCGCUCCUUCGACUAUGAGCAGCUGCGGGAGUUCAGCUUCACUGUGCGCGCACGCGACGCCGGCACGCCUGAGCUGGCUUCCAACGCCACCGUGCGCGUGCUCGUGGUGGACCAGAACGACAACGCGCCCGCCGUGAUCGCGCCCGUGGGCAAGAAUGGCACCGCGCGGGAGCCUUUACCGCGCACGGCCGAGCCGGGCUACCUGGUGACGCGCGUCGUGGCCGCGGACGCGGAUGACGGCGAAAACGCGCGCCUCUCCUACAGCAUUGUGCGCGGAAACGAGGACGGACUUUUCCGUAUGGACUGGCGCACAGGAGAGCUGCGCACGGCCAGGCGCGUGAACGCGGGAGCCGGCGCGCGUUCACAGCACCAGCACCAACAGCAGCAACAGGUGUACGAGCUUCUCGUGGAGGUGCGCGAUCACGGCCAGCCGCCCUUAUCGUGCAGCACGUUGCUGCAGGUGGCUCUGGUGGACAGUCUCGCGGAUGGCGGAGGAGGCGGAGGAGGAGGUGGCGGAGGAGGAGGGGGCGGGAGCACGCGCGGCGGCAGCGGGAGCGCGCGAGGCGCCUCCAAAGCCAAGGAUGCUUCUCUGGACUUAACACUGAUCCUCAUCGUGGCCUUGGGCUCCGUGUCCUUCAUCUUCCUGCUGGCCAUGAUCGCGCUGGCCGUGCGCUGCCGCAAGGACAAGAAACUCAACGUGCACGCGGCUCUGCACUGCUGCUGUGCGUGCGCGUGGUGCUGCGGCGGCGCGUGCGCGGGCACCGGGAACGGAGGCGCGGGCGCCGGAGGCGGCUGCUGCGGGCGCCACUCGCGCUCCAGCAAAAAGAAGAAGAAGAAGAAGCUCAGCAAGUCGGACAUCAUGCUGGUGCAGAGCGGCGGAGGAGGCGGGAGCGGGAGCGCGCACAACGUGAGCGUGAGCGCGCCCUGCGGCGUCGGGAGCGCGCAGGUGCCCGUGGAGGAGUCCGGCAGCUUCGGCUCACUGCACCGCAAGCAGAACUACUGCUACCAGGUGUGCCUGAGCCCGGAGGCUGCGAGCACUGACCUCAUGUUCCUCAAGGCCUGCAGCCCGGCCCGCGGGGGCGCACACGGAGACCCGGGAGCGCGCGCGGCGCUGGUGUCCGCGUAUGGAGAGCAGCAACAGCAGCAGCAGCAGCCAGACAUCAUAUCCAAUGGAGGGCUGCUCUCCAGCGAGACGAAGCACCAGCGGGCGGAGCUCAGUUACCUUGUGGACAGGCCGAGGCGUGUAAACAGCUCGGCCUUCCAGGAGGCGGACAUAGUGAGCUCAAAAGACAGUGGGCAUGGGGACAGCGAGCAGGGGGACAGUGACCAUGACGCCACGCAUCGUGGACACUCCUCCGGAGCAGAUUUGUUCUCGAACUGCACGGAGGAGUGUAAAGCCCUGGGUCACUCAGACCGCUGCUGGAUGCCCAGCUUCGUGCCCACAGAGUCCCGGCAGGGCGCGGAUUACCGCAGCAACCUGCACGUCCCGGGCAUGGACGCCGUGCCCGACACUGAGGUAUUUGAGGGCGAUUUGACCGUGGGCGAUCACUCAUCAUUCUCCACCUUCGGCAAAGAGCCGCCACUCCACACACACCAACACCACCAACACCCUCACCAACAGCACCUCCACGCCUCCACGCUAGAUAGGAGAGAGUGCGAUGCGCUUCUGUGUAACUCGCGCACGCCUUACAAAGCCAACUAUCCGUCGCGGAAAAGGAUUUGUUAGCUCUUUCCGUGUGGACAUACCAGAGACGGCGUGAUUUUGCACAAUCACUGGGACUGAUGGAGAAAAGGACCAUCAGGUUUGAAGCAUCAAAGUUGGACUCCAUUUCCCGAAGCGUGGACGGAGGGUGCAGAGCCUCCAGGGCCAAGAGAGAUAGAGAGAGACUGAUGAGGACAGACUAGUGGCUGGACGCAAAAGGACAUCACGCUUCUCAGCCGGACUGAGACGGAAUGGAGUACAGAUGUGCACUGCUAAAAAAAUGAGAACAAAAGAACAAAGGAGGACGAUGAAGACCACGAGAGAAACGAGGGGACCGUAUCGCUUCUCUCGGAUACUGCGUGUGCCUGUUUACAGCACUACUGUACAAACAAAACAAACAAAAAGAGGAAAAAAAAACAAGAAAAACACCAACAACGACGGAGAUAUUAUUCACUGAGCCCUUUAGUUGUUUGUACACACACACCACUGAGAAGCCAAUUGUACAGGAAAACUCUUUGUGCAUUAUAAAUGCAAUAUCACUCUUUUAGACAUGACUGUUUUUCUAUUUCGUGUGUGUGUGUGUAUGGUCAGGUGUUUUUUCCCUAAAUCUAUUUUUUUGCUUUUAUUUUUUUCCGGGAAAAGCAGUGGAUUUGGAGGAAUCGUUCUCGCGCUGGGGUUUUUUCUGCUUUUUAAGUUCACGUCGUGAGCGGGGACAGCAGUGGCCUAAAUUGUACUCUCUCAGACAAUGCGUAGGUUAUAUCACGUGUGAGAAGUCUUAACUGUACUCUUUUAAGCUUCGAAAUAAAUAUAAAUCUAUAUAUAAAACUAUCUAUAUAUAUUAUACUUUUUUGUUUGUUUUUUUUAUUAUUUUUUUGCUUUCUUUUCUGAAAAUGUGGUCUCCAUUCGCGCUGUUUUCGCCAGUUUUAGUGUCCUGGGUCGCGUCCUGGGAAUGUUAGCUUUUGGCCAUCAACUUUACAGGGGUUCUUAAUGUGACGGAAAGCCUUAUCUCCAAACUUUACAUCCAUCCUUUUUUCACUUUUGGAUAUUGAGAUUCAUGUAAAGAAGAAGAACAAGAAAAAAAAAGAAGAACAUAAUAAUCUAGAUUUGAAUACAUGGUAAUUCUGUGUUAUUGUAGCCAAAAAAAUGGGUCCAUUUUCAACCGAGAGGCCAAAUACAGAAGGUGCACCAAGUUUCAAGACACACACACUAUCAAAACAUACACAUACACACUCACACACACACUCACACACAUCUACCUUACUGCAGAAGGUGACCAAUAAACUGACAAGUGUAUAAUGUAAACGUUAA